AUGCUGCAGAAGUAUUCUCCGGGGGGUGGACAGGCUCAGUUGAGGCCCCAUCAGGGCUGGUCCCAGCUCGGCGCGGCGACUCCCGGUAAGAAGAGUCGUCCUCCCGGUGCUCUGUCUCUACAGCGUUGCUCUGAGCGGCUCCACUCGCGGCGGUAUCUCCUGCAGGUCGACCCCGUGCUUCAGGCUCUGAGUCCGGGCACUCCUGCUUUGGUCUGUAAACCCACGGAUUACGAUCCCUCCACGGCUGCUAAUAUUGGGGAGGAUUUACUACAGUCACUCUCAAGGGAUGACAUCAAAGAUCUUUUUCCUGGUCCAGAAAAUUUUCUGAGGCGCAGGGCACUGUGGCUUGUUGUGAAUAAAGAUGAAAAAGUGGAGACUGCUGUCAGGGCUAUGGAGCCAACCAAACUAUCUGAUGCAGCCGAUGUCCCGCCAGAGGAGAAACCUACCACAUCGAAGUUCUUAAUUAUGUCCAGUCCGGAGUACAUAAGGCAUGUUGGUAAGAGGCUUAUGAAGAGACUCUCAAAUGUCAAAAGUCCAAAGAAGGCUUCUACCCCCUUAAAAAGACGUCGCCUCACAUUUGAGAAGGGUGACUCCAGUGAUUUUGAUGGAGACUCCACCACAUCAAGUAAAGCAUCAACCAUCCUUCUGGAAAAGUCACCUACUACAACCAGUACUCCAGAGCCAAGUCACGAAAGCAAUGAAGAUGAAGCAGUGAGUUCUCCUGACCUGCUGGACAGCCAAAAGAGCCAGAGUAGACACUACAAGACCCUCCAAGACAUGUACAAGUCUAAAAAGCCAAACAAAGCAGCUGUAACCCAUUUACUCAACCUGGAGUUUGAAGCAAGAAGACGCUUUAUCACAUGUGGUGUUCUGAAGGAGUCAGACAGACCAACAAAAGUCCUAGAAGCCUAUCCCUGUUUUAACGAAUUGGAUCAUACAGCAGAAGAUCCUGAGGGAUAUCUUCAACAGCGACCCCUGUCUUGCCCAGUCCUGCUCAUUUCCAAGGACAACUGCAUGAUCGCAAUUGAUAAGACACCGGUGACCACCUUUGCAAGUACCAAGCUGGAUGAAGGACUUGUGUACCUGAUGGCCUAUUACUAUGCCUUCCACCUCACAUACCCAAAGUGUAUCUCAACACUGCUCUCAGUAUUGCAAACUGAGAUUCUAAUGGACUCUAUCCACGACCGAGAUACUACUUCCACGUACAAAAAAGCCAUCGCUGAGUGGAGGUCCUUCACUGAGUGA